UACACCCCAUCCGCACUCCUCUUCUCCUUCUCUUCCUAACAAACACAAAAGAAUAACUCACAGAGACGCAGUACACACAGGAAGACCCACUCAAUCAAACAACCUACUCGUUCACCUCUCUCCGCUCACCCGUCACCACAAUGGCCACCACAGCCCCUUCCACGUCAUCACCCGCCAAACGAGUCAUCGACCCCGAGGAAUGGAACCGCCGAAUGGAUGCCGUGAAGAUAUCUAAAUCUGAUUUGAAUCAGUUGGUGAUGAACUACCUCAUCAUCGAAGGCUACCAAUCCGCCGCCAUCAAAUUCGCCCAAGAAGCAAAUAUCACACCCUCGAUCGACCUUGAUUCCAUCAAUGAGCGGAUGGUGAUUCGACAAGCCAUUCACCGCGGUGACGUCCAAGGAGCAAUCGAACGUAUCAAUGAACUCGAUCCUGAGUUGCUGGAUACCGUCCCUUCAUUACAUUUCCAACUCCUCCGCCUACAACUCGUUGAAUUGAUCCGCGCUUCUGGCUCGGGGGCGAGCGAGACGGGUGAUAUUUCGACCGCACUGGCAUUCGCAACAACACACCUCGCACCCCGCGCACCCUCCUCACCCACCUUCCUCCACGAACUCGAAAAAACGAUGGCACUUCUCGCCUUCCCACCCGAAUCCAUCUCCUCCUCCUCCUCCUCCACCUCUCCCCUCGCUGAACUCGUUGAUCCGAAUUUACGCCGCGAUGUAGCCAAAAUGGUCAAUGAGGCUAUCUUGGAACAUCAGGGUAUUGUACGGGAGGCGAAAGCGAAGGGGUUGGUGAGGGCUGCGUGUUGGGCUGAGGAGAGGUUGAGGGGGGAGGGGGUGGAGUUUCCGGUGUUGGAUUUGGAAGCGUUGGUUGGCAAGAGGAGGGAGGGUGAUGCGAUGGAGCUCUGAUGUUAUGACGCGGUAG